AUGAGUAUCAUCAUAGGUAGCUUAAGUAAUAAUAAUAGUAUUGGUAGGGUCACAAAUGUGAUUGCUCCACUUCUCGUCGGUCAUUUAUACAGGUACACUACUUCUAAACGUCACUAUGUUACGUGUAACAACAACAACAGCAGCAGUAGUAGUGGCAACAUUAUCAACCUGUUGCAUCAUAGACCAUUAACUCAAACAUCUACAUCGUUUGAGACAAGUCGGCAACAAUACAAACGAACAACAUCAACAUCAUCAUACCUGACAAGAAUAGACACAGACAACACUGGACAAAGACGACACUUCCUAUCAUCACUACUAUCUUCACCAACUCCUGUUAGGAAGCAAAUUACAAGAGUACUCAACUUCACACCUGAACAAGUGUUCAACAUCGUAUCGAACGUUCAAUCGUAUAGGGAGUUCUUGCCAUUCUGCUUGGACUCGCGUAUUACACGAGUUGUAAACCCUGCUUCAUGCUUUGAAGCACAGUUGACAGUGGGCAGUGGCAACAUCAAGGAGGCAUACACGUCACGCGUCGAGUUUAUGAAUCCAAGCUUCAUACAGGCGUCGGCCGUCAACUCUGAACUGUUCAUGCAUCUGGUGUCGCAGUGGCGGUUCAGGGCCGGCCCCACGCCCAACACCUGCACGGCCGAGUGCUCCCUCGACUACCAAUUCAAGUCCAGCUUCUACGCCGCCUUCAUGGAUCAAUUCUUUGCCUCAUCACUUGACACCAUGGUCGACGCCUUUGAGCGAAGGUGUACACAAGUCUACAAACAUGGCAACAGGCCGACCCUCUACUGA